AUGGAUGUACACUGCCCAGCUGAAGACUCGGACUCAACAUGGGCUGUAGUAGGAAGAGAAAGAAGAAGACAUCUACAUAGAAGGAAAGGAAAGAACAAAAGAAGAGAAGGAGGAAAUUACUCCAAAGUGGAGAGCUACCGAGAGAGGUGUCGACCUGCAAGAGGGAUGCAGCCAGGUGACUGCAGAUUUGGUCUCUCACAGUUGAAGAUACCAGUGAUAAAACUUAGAGAUCUCUACAUGCUUUUGCAGAGAGAAGAUUUAGCUGGACCCAGUGGCUAUCAAGUUUCUGGACUGCAGGACUAUGAGGUUGUCUUUCCAGAGCGGGUGGUGAGCAGAGUGCGGAGGAACGUGGAUCACAGCACAGACGAGAAUGUAUCCUACAUCAUCCAAACUUCAAAUAGUACUCUAACCCUCAAUCUGCAGAAGAACAGAGAUUUUGUGAGUAAAGACUUUAAGCACUUUAUCUACAGUGAAGAUGGUGGAAUGAAGGCCCUGAAUCAUACUGCACAGAAAUUCUCCUGUUAUUAUCAUGGACAGGUGGAAGGAAUGGAGGACUCUGUUAUCGCACUCAGCGACUGUCACGGUCUCAGAGGAGUCAUGUACUUGAGUGACGUGCAUUAUGGGAUUGAACCUAUGGAACAUCCCUUUCCUGGAGCCCAUCGGCUGUACCGGUUAGAGGAGCCUGAUGGGGCAUCUAUGUGUGGUGUGACCCCUGACACCUUAAAUACUUUACCGUCAUCAUAUUUUCAUCUCCGUAGGAAGAAGAGAGAUGUCCUUGCCACAACCAGUUUCGUAGAGCUCGGAGUGGUGGUGGAUAAUCUUAGGUACCAAAUUGAUAAAUCUGACAAGGCAGUGGAAGUGAAGACCAUACAACUGGCGAAUAUUGUUGACGGGAUGUUUCGCCCACUUAACAUCCGAAUAGUUCUGACUAAUUUGAUUACAUGGUCGACCUCGAAUCCCAUCGAUGUGAAUUCAGGAAGUGCUGGGGAUGUGCUGGGAAGAUUUACACAGUGGAGGGUUGGCAACCAAAAUGUAAAGAGAUGUGACAUCUACCAUCUUCUCAUAGGGCACGGUACCUUCGGUGGGGUAGUUGGCAUGGCAUUUGUUGGCACAGUCUGCUCACCCAGUUAUGCCACUUCUAUUAGUUCAUUCAGCGAUGGGUCCACCCCAGAGUCUCAUGCUCCAAUAGUCGCUCAUGAACUUGGGCACGUCCUUGGAAUGAACCAUGAUAAUGACCGCUGCCCGAACACCUAUAUAAUGAACAGUGCAGACACAGGGACAUGUCUGCGAAACCCACCAGAUCCCAACCAGGUGCUCAGUAUACCUGUGUGCGGUAACAACGUAGUGGAGCAGGGAGAAGAGUGUGACUGCGGAUCUCCACAGGAGUGUCAGAAUCCAUGUUGCAAUGCUGCCACCUGCAGGCUGACUAGUGGAUCACAGUGUGCCCAAGGAUUAUGCUGUAACAAUUGCAAGUUCAGGGUUGGAGGAGAAGUUUGCCGAUCUUCAGCUAACAUGUGUGACCUACCCGAGCACUGCAAUGGAUCCUACGCCCUGUGUCCUGUAGACGUGUAUAUAAUGAAUGGCUACCCCUGCAACAAUUCAGCUUCUUACUGCUAUAGCGGAGUGUGUCAGAACUAUGACGAUCAGUGCAAGGCCCUGCUGGGUGCAGAUACCAAAAAAGCUGCUGACGUCUGCUUUCAACGCCUAAACAUAAAAGGAGAUCAAUACGGAAACUGUGGUUAUCAAUCGGGAAAACCCCAAGCUUGCUCAUUAGCUGACAGUCUGUGCGGUAAACUACAGUGUACAGGAAAAUUUCAGCAAAAACCAAACACCUCUGUCAUUAUUAAUGACUACGACGGGCAAGGGUGUGUUAGUGUAGACUAUAGCCUGGGCCCCGAUGUACCUGACCCUGGACUUGUCCGUCAGGGGACACCAUGUGCAGCAGGAAAGGCUUGUGUGAACUACAAAUGUCAGAAUGCCUCUGCACUUGGAUUCAGCUGCGACAUCAAAGGAAAAUGUAACGAUCAUGGGGUGUGUAAUAACAAUGGUAACUGUCACUGUAAUGAUGGCUGGGCCCCCCCGUACUGUGACCGGUCCGGCUAUGGUGGUAGCAUUGAUAGUGGCCCCACACACAUCGACACCUCCUUACGUGAUGGGCUGCUUAUAUUCUUCCUGCUGGUUCUACCGAUCCUCAUCCUCAUAGUUGUGAUUUUCAUAAAGAGAGAUGCACUUAGAAGGAGGUUUUGCCGGAAGAGAAGAAGCAGAAGUGGAAAUGAGACAAGACAAGUACAGAACACCAAUCGUAACGCUGCCACCAACAUGCCAAGAAACCAGGACAAGCCAUUUUCUGAUGUCUUCACCAUAUCACAUAACUUUCCUCAAAGACAGCCAGCAGCGGCCAGCAGACCCCAGACACCUGCCCGUCCUUCACCUGCCCGUCCUUCACCUGCCCGUCCUUCACCUGCCCGUCCUUCACCUGCCCGUCCUCCUCCACCUCGGCCGGGUGCAUUACCACAGUAUAACUGGCCACAUAAUGUCUGACAUCAAUUCACACUAAGCACUGUAAAAUACGAACUAUAUCA